CUUCGUUUUAAUGUGGUUAGGAAUCACGCUGGAUUGAAACUCCGACCUCGAAACAACGUCAAACCGGUUACCGGGGGUACAUGAAAAACCAGCAACUGUAAGAAAACCACUACUCCCUAAAUAAAGCAUAGAUAUCCACACUGGAGAUCUUAAUCGUACGCCUGCCUAAAAGAUACUUACCCAGUCUUCAAUUAACGUACACCCACUUUCAGAAACUAGGAAAGUUUCUUUUCCUCCAGUCCAGUAUUCACUCUACUCCAGUCCAGAACUGAACCCUAGCCGUACUCCACCUACUCCUACUAUCAACUUCAAUCUGGUUUACGGUACAUAACCUUUCUUCUCCUCUCAGAACUCAUAUCGGCCGUAUGUUUAUCUAUUGCCUCUACAUGAUCACGUGGUUUGGUACAUGGCAUCACUUUUUGUGUUUACAAGGGGGACUGGAGGAGGAGUAAAAGCUGAUUUCUGGGUUGUUUGGUGCAUAGAUCUGUACUUGCUUUUGGAUUUCAGUGCUGGGUUUUUGUUUUGAACUCAGACCUAGGAUUUACUACUUUAAGAGGGUAGCAGUGACAAGGGUUUCGUUGGAAACCAAGGAAAACCCACAAGAGCUUAUGUUUGCUAGCUGGGUUUAUUAGUGCUGGUUUAGGAAAUGAGAUAAGGUUUUGGAUUCUCUCUGUUGGAUUUGGGGACCUCUCUCUCUCUCUCUCUCUCUUCAUUAGAUCUCACCAUCCCUGACUACGUACUCAGCUACCAACAAAGUAAAGUACAAAAAAGGGAGCAGAUAGAGGCAGCUACGUACCUAGGUCUAUCUUUCAACUUUGGAGCGGUGUAAUCUUGAAAUAGAUUUUCCUCCAAUGUGAAGGGAGAGAGAGAGAGAGAGAGAGAGAGAGAGAGAGCAAAACUACACAUGGCGAACCGGUGGUGGGCCGGAAAUGUGUCGAUGAGAAACGCGACGGAAGAUGACAAUGGUACUGGGGGAUCAAACAGUAGUGGAAGCAACCAAACACACGGAGGAGGAGAUGAAGAAAGCCAAGAAAAUACUAAUCAACAACCAGCAGAAGGCAAAACCCCCGGAGACUCGAAACCGGGGAGCUCCGGCCGCCGGCCCAGAGGCCGACCGGCCGGUUCGAAAAACAAGCCGAAGCCUCCGGUCGUCAUCACGAAGGAAAGCCCCAACGCCCUCCGUAGCCACAUACUGGAAAUCACCAGCGGCAGUGACGUCUCCGAGAGCAUCGCCGCCUUCGCCCAGCGGCGCCACCGCGGUGUCUCGGUGCUCAGCGGCAGCGGCGUCGUCACCAACGUGAACCUCCGCCAGCCGGCCGCCCCGGGUGGAGUGAUCACGCUCCACGGGAGGUUCGAGAUACUGUCCUUGUCGGGGGCUUUUUUACCUGGACCGUCCCCGCCCGGGGCGACCGGGCUGACGGUGUACUUGGCGGGCGGGCAGGGGCAGGUUGUGGGAGGGAAUGUGGUGGGGCCGUUGGUGGCGUCAGGGCCGGUGAUGGUUGUUGCGGCGACGUUUUCGAAUGCUACUUACGAGCGACUGCCUCUGGAGGAAGAGGCCGCGGGGGGAGGAGAAGGAAUGGAAUUGCAGCCGCCGUUGAUGGGUAGUGGGAGUGGUUCGGGUUCUCAAACGCACACCUUGGUUAAUCCUUCAGGGACUAUGCCGAUGUAUAAUCUGCCUCCUAAUUUGAUGCCCAGUAGUGGUGGUCAGAUGACUUAUGGCGGCCAUGAUGUGUUUUGGGCUCCUCCUCCACACCCCCCUCCCUCUUAUUGAUUCUAGAGGUAGAGAGAGGGGGGGAGGAGAGAGAGGAGACCUGUUUGUUUAUUUGUUGAGUAUGUCCGUGGUUCUUGUAAUCAUGGAAAGCAUGGUAGAACAUUUUGUGGAGUUUUAUGGGUACUCCUAUUGGGCAUCACAGUUUCUCAUGAUCUCUUAGGUGGUUUUUUUUUAAAAUUAUUUUGUCUUGGUUUUUUGGACUUUGGUGGAUUGUUCAUAGUGCUGUCUUCACUUCUUUUACUUUGUUGUAGAAUUUUUCUUUUGCAAUGGUGCAGGCGAUGCAUGACAAUGUAGUGAAGAAUUAACUGGAUGCGGAAGCCAUUCGGUCAGUUAAGAAAAGAUCUUCCAUGGUAAAGCUCUUCAACUUA